AUUAUCUUGUCCAUUAGUAUAAAUACACAUCCUACUACCAAAAUUUUGCAUCAAAUUCUCUCUAAGAUACUAGAACUAGAAUAAACUAGCAAGAAAAAGUGACAGAUUACCAACAAUAAUAUUUACCAAAUUAAUAUACAAGUAGUAAGCAUAAUCUUUAUAAACUUCCAUUUAUAAUUUCAGAAAUAUCCUGUAGCUUCACUACUUGCUCAAAAAUAGCAAUUCAAAAGAGAAUUCCAAAGAUGAGGAGAGGGAAUUAAUAUGCACACUUCUUCUUCUUCUUCUUCCAAUUCUGUAGCUGAGCUUGAAACUGAGGAUGAUGCUCUAAAGCUCAAGCUUUUGCUUUCAUGGCGGCUGCUUUCUGCCUCUUUCUUUCACUCAUCUUCCUCUUUUCUCCAUUUCCAGCUCAAGGGGAAAUAAUAGCAGAAAUUAAGCAAAAACAAGGGCAAGAUGAACCCUAUAUUGGUGUAAACAUUGGAACAGAUGUUUCAAAUUUUUUAUCACCAUCAGAUUUGGUAUCUUUUCUUCAAGUACAGAAGAUUAACCAUGUGAGGCUCUAUGAUGCUGACCCUGAUUUGUUGAAAGCCCUUGCUAAAACAAAGAUUAGGGUCAUAAUUGGUGUACCUAAUAACCAGCUUAUUGCUAUUGGAUCCUCCAAUGCCACUGCCGCGACUUGGGUGGGCCGGAAUGUCGUUGCUUAUUACCCGGAAACCACCAUCAUUGCCAUUGCUGUGGGUGAUGAAGUCUUGACCACAAUGCCUUCAACUGCCCCUUUGCUUUUGCCUGCUAUUGAGUCACUUUAUAGUGCACUUGUGGCUUCAAAUCUUCAUUCUCAAAUUAAGGUUUCAACCCCACAAUCGGCUUCACUGAUUUUAGACCCUUUCCCACCGUCUCAGGCGUUUUUUAACACCUCUAUGACUCAAUAUUUGUUGCCAAUUGUGAAGUUUUUGUCUAGGACUCAAUCUCCUUUGAUGAUGAACUUGUAUCCAUACUAUGUUUUUAUGGAGAACAAGGGUGUUGUGCCUUUGGAUAACGCUUUGUUUAAGCCCUUGACACCUUCCAAGGAAAUGGUUGACCCUAAUACUUUGCUUCAUUACACUAAUGUGUAUGAUGCAAUGGUUGAUUCGGCUUAUUUCUCUAUGAAGAACCUUAAUGUCACUGAUGUUGUAGUGCUCGUUAGUGAGACUGGAUGGCCUUCUAAGGGGGAUACCAAAGAGCCUUAUGCCACUAUGGACAAUGCUGAUACAUACAAUUCGAAUCUCAUCAAGCAUGUUUUCGACAAGACUGGCUCCCCGUUUCACCCUGAGAUCACAUCUAGCGUGUAUCUAUAUGAGUUGUUCAAUGAGGAUCUGAGGUCACUCCCAAUCUCUGAAGCCAAUUGGGGAUUGUUUUAUGGAAAUACUACGCCGGUAUAUUUGUUACAUGUUUCGGGAAGUGGGACUUUCUUGGCUAAUGACACAACAAACCAGACUUACUGCAUUGCCAUGGAAGGAGUAGAUACGAAGACUUUGCAGACAGCAUUAGACUGGGCAUGUGGUCCUGGAAGGGCUAAUUGUAGCAAAAUUCAGCCGGGAGAACCUUGCUAUUCGCCCAACAAUGUCCAGAAUCAUGCUUCUUAUGCGUUCGAUAGCUACUACCAGAUGGAGGGAAAGUCUCCUGGAUCCUGUGAUUUCAAAGGCGUUGCCACGAUCACUACCUCUGAUCCUAGUCAUGGGAGCUGCAUAUUUCCUGGAAGUAAGAAGGAAGGAAAUAACACAAGGGAGGUGGUAAAUUCAACUCAAGUUACUAGUGGAUCAUUCUUUAGAUAUGGAAGCAAUCGAAAAAGUUUAAUGGAUAAUGUCCUGAUAUCUUUGUGUACUAUUAUGUUUCUGCGUUACUUCUCCAACUCAUGUUUCUAGUAAGUAGCUGAGGAUCUUUAGGUACAUAAUGAUAGAAGGUGAUUUUUUGGGCAACUGUAAUAUCUUGUUGUAAUUUAUUCGAUAUGGUGUAGGACUGUAGGUAAUAUGGUAUUAGUAAGGAUAGUUAUUUAUGAUCCUGCCGAAGUAACUGAACUUUAGAGGAGUGUCGUUUGGAGGUUUGCCGAGUUUUAUUGUUACUAUAGAGUACAUGAUCUCUCAUUACAU